AAGGGAUCGAACAGAUCUGACCGUGGUGCUGGAAUCGGGUUCGCGUCAAUGCUCUGGCAUCUGGGAAUGAACAAGCGACGAAUAUAGAGUAGAGACCUUGAAUAAACCAAUCAACUGUUUUUUGAAGUACAGAAACGUCAGACCUGGAAACCCAAUUCUCAAUGGCAGCCGUUUCGGGCCCCAAACCAAUCACCCAUGUCAUCUUCGACAUGGACGGUCUCUUAUUGGAUACAGAGAAAUUCUACACUCAAGUCCAAGAGAUCAUACUUGCUAGAUACAAUAAAACUUUUGAUUGGUCUCUUAAGGCAAAAAUGAUGGGAAGGAAAGCAAUUGAAGCUGCUCGGGUCUUUGUUGAAGAGACUGGAAUUAGUGACUCACUUUCUGCAGAGGAUUUUCUUGUAGAAAGAGAAGAGAUGUUACGUACAUUGUUUCCAACAAGUGAGCUCAUGCCAGGGGCUAGCCAUUUGAUUAAACAUCUUCAUGCCAAAGGAAUACCAAUUUGCUUGGCAACAGGUUCUCACAGGCAGCAUUUUGAAUUGAAAACCCAGAGACACGGUGAGCUUUUCUCAUUAAUGCAUCAUUUUGUUCUUGGUGAUGAUCCAGAAGUUAAACAAGGCAAGCCAUCGCCAGAUAUAUUCCUUGCAGCAGCCAAGAGGUUUGAGGGUGGCCCGGUAGAGUCAGAUAAGAUAUUAGUGUUUGAGGAUGCACCCUCUGGAGUUCUUGCAGCUAAGAAUGCUGGGAUGUCUGCUGUUAUGGUUCCGGAUCCACAGCUGGACAAAUCUUACCAUGCUACCGCAGACCAAGUCCUGAACUCAUUAUUGGAUUUCAAUCCGAGUGAUUGGGGUUUGCCGCCAUUUGAAGAUGCAUAAAUGAAGAUUUUCCUAUUUAUAAAACAAACACCUGCAUCAUACAGAAUGCUAUAAUAUCAUUGAUCGAUUGAUAGAAGCUCUUAAUCGUUCAGUUUCCUGAGCAAAACUCCUUUAUUUUAUUAUGGAACUUCUGAUCCAAUUGCCAUUGUAGCAUGAAUGCAGUUCAUUCGGAGUAAGAUAUAUUAUAAUUAAAUGAGAAAAAAAGAAAAAAACUUAGAAUGAACAAGUUACUUUAAUUCCA